AUGGCGAGCUUGGGGCGACGCUUCCACUUCGAAGCCGUGAAAGCACAGGCUCGAAAUCUCGCGAAAAUGGUGCCAACGCCCGAGGAGAAACUUCAGUAUUUACUCCGCCAGUGUCCUGAUUUGAACCAGUCGAACUUCACGAUAUCGAGACGUCACCAGGACUCGGUGAUCGCGCUGGGUAUCUACCUGCUCGAGUCGAACCUGAGUCACAAGAGUCUCAUCGUCUCGUAUCUUCUCAAACUGCUCCAUGGACUGCCGAAGGCGAACUGGACGGACGAAGCUACGCUCAGUACCGACGAGAGACUCCCUCCCGUCGAACGGUUCACGUUCCUUUUGAACACCUUGUUGACCGACGUGAUGAUUCUCGAUGAAACUGUUCAGGAAGAAAUUCUGACGGCCCAGAUCGAACUCUUCCAAAUUCUGCUCAAUGUCAUCCGAGGCCUCCAGAGCAGCGACUCACAGGGACCCAGCGCGCCGACGCAGGGUAGGCUGACGCUGUGUCGGAUAGUCGUUCCCAUUCUCCUGGGAGCGGCUCGCGCCUUCGGUCGGUGUCACCCCGACGGGAAGUCGAUAUUCUUGCUGAUUUUCCCACCACCGAAACCACCGAGUACCGUGCGGAUCAACCCGUUGAACACGCUGCCGAAAAAUCGUCGAACAUUCAACUCGUUCCGACCGAUCAUACCUCGCUCGCUGUCGGAGUUAACUUCGGUCACCAGUUCCUCGAUCGAUUCGAACUCGGUGGACGAGCCGCAGAACUUCAACCUCGUCAGCAUCGAUUACGACACGACCAGUUUCUUCUUCAAGAAGAUGGGCUCCUCCUACAGCCAACUUCUGCCUCAGAUCAAUCGGACGCCACUUUCCGUGCCGAUGUCGAAAUGUCAAACGCUUCUCAUGCUGGCUAAGAAACUCCUCAAGAACGACAUACUCACCUACAUGGAUGCACAGGCCGCUUCGAUUUACGAGUCCGGAGAUUUGCGGGUUUUCCCUUAUAAGAGCUUGUCAGAGAUAGUCAAUUUGGUGUUGCUCGGACUACUUCAAGAGCUGCUGUGCCGAAACCCCCGACCGGGUAUACCGAGCUCGUUCACCAGAGACGUCCAGGAAUUCGUGAAAGCGAUCUUCCUCGCUGGACAGACUGAACUGCAAAAAGUGAGUACACAACAAUUUGAGUCCAAAGAUGAGGAGUUCAACGCCGUCACGCUAGUGGUUCAAUCGAACGCAGCUUGCGUUGACCUCCUGGUGUGGGCAGAGCUGGAUGAUAUGGGCGCCGACAAUCUUUGCACAAGACUGUUGGAGAGGAUCUGCACUCCGAGCGCGCCGCGGACCGUCGUGGCACACCUUCCCCUCCUGUUGGUCUGUUUAGAAGGGCUGGGAAAAUUAGCCGAAAGGUUUCCCAACUUGGUGGAGACGUCGAUUUCGGCUCUCAGAGACUUCCUCAUCACGCCCUCACCCAUUCUGGAGAAGCUCUAUUACGUCACUCAAGACAAGUGAGUAUCCUUGCUCCUGAUCGUCGUGGCAUCGUGGCACGCGCCUCUUCAUGCCUUUGAAUGCACAACAACACUCAAGUCUACUUAUGACCGAUUGCGCGACACAGCAAUAGAGAAUAUCUGCCGCGUGCUCCGCGUAGGUCUUCAACAGGACGCCGAAUGUGUGCAGGCCUUCUUGGCCUCCCUGUCAAAUCGUCUCUAUCAGGCCGAGAAAUUCAGGCCUGGGGAGGCAGGACUCGUGGCCCAGAACACGAUACUGACGCUGGGUCACGUGGCAGUAGCCUUGAAGGACACGCCGAAAACGUCCAACUCGAUACUACAGUUCUUUCAACAGAAAUUUAACCAGCCGGCCUCGUCGUUGGACACCCUGAUCGUCGAUCAGCUCGGCUGGAUGGUCAUAGCCAAAGUAGAGAAGCACGUGUUCGAUGCAAUUCUCAAGAUGUUCAGUCUGGUCACGAUGGAGUCCAGCUCCCAGCAGUAUAACGUAGGAACCAAUGAAGACCACAAGCAAGGAUAUAGGCACGUUUCCCUAGCCGUAAUCAACGCACUGGCGAACAUAGCGGCGUCUCUGCAGGGCGACGAAUACAUGAACGAAUUGCUAUCUACCCUCCUGGAACUUUUUGUUCAGCUGGGACUAGAAGGUCGACGUGUGUCGGAGCGGCAGAGUGCCCUAAAGGCUUCGAGCUCUGCGGGCAACCUAGGCGUGCUUAUACCCGUCGUUGCGGUUCUGAUCAGGCGUAUGCCUCCUAUACUAAAUCCGAAGCCGAGACUCCACAAGCUUUUCUGGGACUUUUGGCAUUACUGUGUCGUCAUGGGAUUCACCUCGGAAUCGGGCCUCUGGCCCUCCGAGUGGUUUGACGGCGUUCGCGAAAUCGCUUGCAAGAGCCCUCUGAUCGUUUCCAAGGAACACCUUCGUUCAUCUCUGCAAUACAAUUCCGCAAUCAGGAGCGACACCGUUUCUGUGGGCGAGCUCCAAGAAGUACGGAACCAGACCCUGAAACUUCUCAAGACGGAUUUGCCCUUCACGGUCGACAUAAGCGCGACCGUCAACAAACUCAACUUCGCCCAAUGCACUUAUCUGAUGGCUGUGCUCCGGUUGGAAACGUUACGAGCGCAGAAUCUCCUUCAGGGAGACUGUCACCUCGACUACAUGUUCCAGUAUCUCGAGUUUCCUACAAUUCAAAAAGAUAAGUCUAGUCUGUGGCAGUGCAUCAUGGCCGUCAGCGACAAAGUCUUCCUGGCAGUGCUCGACGUGAUGCUGGCGAAGCCCAAGAACAAAGAACGCGACGACGAACUUGAACGCUACGCAACUUUUCUCCUGGUCAAAUUCAAUCAUCCCAUGAAGCAAAUCCGACGAAUCGCCGACAAGUACCUGUCAUCGCUUGUCGAUAAGUUCCCUCACCUACUCUGGAGCGGAAAAGUCCUCUGGACGAUGCUCAAUAUCCUCCACGUGCUGGCCAAGAGUCUAGAACUCGAUCCGAAUCAUUUGAACCCGAGCCUCCAGGUUCCCGGGACGAAAUAUUCGCUAUCCUUGACGGACACCCUCGAGGCGCGCGAAGGUAUCGUGCAGGACUUCGCCGCGCGGUGUCAAGGCAUCAUCCAGGAAGCCAUGAAAUGGGCGCCCAUCGUCACCCGCUCUCACUUGGAAGAGUACCUUUCGUGCAGCUCCGCAAGGGCGGUGUUCACGCAGCAUUCCGGCGUUUCCCUGGCUCUGGAAAGCGUCCUGCGUUUCGCCGGUCUCAACAGCUAUGCCGCACCCUUACCUACGGCCACCCUCGACAAGUGGCCGAACUGCGUGAAACACAACACCUCGGAAUUUGUUUGUGCGAUCGGACUGCGCUCGAGAUUUGGGGGCGAGAUCACCGGUCUUCUUCAGGGAGCCGAUGAUUUCGUCAGGGUGAGGAACGACCUUGCCAAUCAGCUCCUGACCAAAUUGUCCUUAAGCUGGGAGUCGAAGAACGCGAAUCUCCUCAUGGAAUCAGUAUUCCGCAUCACCGCCCUUCUGAUCCACACCAAGGGUGUGGACCGGAGUUUGCUCCACGCUCUCUGUUGGAGCACGGUGGAAUUCUUCGCUGAAGACGCCAUGCGGGCCACUGUGGCUUGCUGGCACUGGCUGUUGGCCGCACGACCGGACCUGGAGCUGGUUUUCCUGCAAGAGAUGAGCGCAGCCUGGCUCAGGACGGUCUCACUCAAAAUGGGAAUGUUCUCAACCGAUCCCGAACAACCCGACCCGACUCGACCUCAGGAAGGGGUUGUCCUCGAGCCGCGCACUCCUUUCGUCGCCCCUCACGCAAUAUGGGUGAAGUUCCUGGCUGAGAGAAUCGAAACUGCCAAGUACUGCAGCUCGGACCAAGUCCAAAUUCUAGCCGACCUAUUCCAAAGAUCAUUGGCCUCGAGCGUCGUCUCGAAGGACGAACCUCGGCUCACGAAGCACGUUGGUACCAUCGGACCAAGAUUCCGCUUCCUCAACAGUGGCUUGUCGCUGCUUCAGGGCGAUGUAUUGACUUCGAGUAUUUUCCGCACCAUGCUCCGAGAACGGAUUUACUGCGCUGCUCUCGACUUCUUCUGCGGUCCUCAGAUGUGCCCGACGCAGAACGAUGCGGUGCUCCGCGACGACAUCUCUGUGCUCGUUAAGUUCUGGACCUCAGUCUACCAGGAGAAAAAGUAUCUCAAAUCCAGACACUCCGGCGAUGGUUGGGCAGAGCCAAUGAAUGACGGAAGAGGAUCGACCGACGUUCUUUCUCGAACGACACCCACCGGUUGGAUUAACACCGUAGGAAUGAGCAGCGGCAUGUCCACCAUUUCAAGACGGUCGUCUGCCGGCAGGACGAAAGACGGUCAGGCCGCCGGAGCCGCAGGAUCUUCACAUUCCAACAUGCAGCUGUUUGCCGAGGAUUACAUUAAGAAGAGAAGCCUGAUCUUGUGGUUGCUGUCCUUCGAGAUUGAAUUCCUCUCGACUUGGUACAAUCCCAUGGGCGUUCCGGAAAAGAGUAUUCAAAAUGAGAAUGUUCUACAAGUUUGGCGUUCUCAGUCGAUGGCAGAGAGAAAUCAGCGAGAUACGACGCGGCUAGCCUGGGACAUCUCCCCGACGUUAGCCGUGUAUCUCCCAUACAGAUUCAAAACCCAAGAAGUAAUCGCCCUGGAGGUAUCUUCCCUCGUUCGACAGAACCCGACCCUUGUGGCGCAUCUUCCGGAUGCGCUCCAGUACCUCGCUACUCCGGACAGCGUAACAGCCGACGGACCAGACCUCAACCAUGUUUUGACGUGGGCCCACGUUUCGCCCAUCAAGGCACUGGCGUUCAUGUCGAAACAGUUCUCCCCCCACCCGAUUACAGCCCAAUACGCCGCCAGGGUUCUAGAACAAUGUCCCCCCGACACGAUCAUGCUCUACAUUCCUCAGCUGCUCCAAGCGAUGCGUUGCGACGAAAUCGGUUACGUGUCGGAAUUUUUGCGGAAAACCGCCCAGCGGUCGCAACUAUUCGCGCAUCAGCUCAUAUGGAACAUAAGAACGAACCUCUACAUGGACGAAGACAGCACGUUGAAAGACGAUCUGUACGACGAGUUCAUCGCUCUGUUCGAGUCGAUUCUCGCCGCCCUAUCCGGUCCGGCGAAGAGCUUCUACGAGCGGGAGUUUGACUUCUUCACGAAAAUCACCGACAUAUCCGGUCACAUUCGGAACUUCCCGAAAGGUGCAGAACGGAAAAAAGCGUGUCUAGAGGCACUGUCCCAAAUAGUCGUUCAACCUGGUUGCUAUCUGCCAUCGAAUCCGGAAGCGGUCGUUGUCGAUAUCGACUAUAAUUCGGGCACUCCGAUGCAAAGUGCGGCGAAAGCUCCGUUCCUCGCGCGCUUCAAGGUUCGACACUGCGGCAUCGCGAUGAUGGAAGGCCUCGGCAUGCAGCAGAACAGCGUCACUCUGGCGAAAGUCAGCUCACCGUCGUCCGACGUCAACAUCUCCACGGAAUACUAUCAGGCCGCUAUUUUCAAGGUCGGAGACGAUGUGCGUCAAGACAUGCUGGCCCUACAGGUAAUCGCCCUGUUCAAGAACAUCUUCAAUCAGGUCGGUCUAGACCUAUUCCUGUUCCCAUAUCGGGUGGUCGCAACCGCGCCGGGCUGCGGUGUGAUCGAAUGUGUGCCCAACGCUAAAUCCCGCGAUCAGCUGGGCCGUCAGACGGAUAUUGGUCUCUACGAAUAUUUCCUCAAGAAAUACGGCGAGGAAACAUCACAAGCCUUCCAGGAGGCUCGCUACAACUUCAUCGUUUCGAUGGCCGCCUACUCGGUGGUCGGAUUCCUGCUGCAGAUCAAAGAUAGGCACAACGGCAAUAUAAUGAUCGACGCCCAGGGCCACAUUAUUCACAUCGACUUCGGCUUCAUGUUCGAAUCGUCCCCAGGGGGCAAUCUCGGCUUCGAGCCGGACAUCAAACUCACCGAUGAGAUGGUGAUGAUCAUGGGAGGGAAAAUCGACGCUCCUUCUUUCAAAUGGUUCACGGAACUCUGUGUGCGGGCUUAUCUCGCCGUACGCCCGUUCCGAGAUGAUAUCAUAACGUUGGUGCACAUGAUGCUUGACACUAAAUUGCCCUGUUUCCGAGGUCAAACUAUCAAACUGUUAAGACAAAGAUUCAACCCCUUGGCGCAAUCGGAGAAAGACGCUGCGACCUACAUGAUAAAGGUCAUCCGGGACUCGUUCCUCAAUUUCAGAACCAGAACGUAUGACAUGAUUCAAUAUUAUCAAAACCAAAUCCCGUACUGAGUUCCGACAGAUGCUGAGUUUGAGUGAGUUGCGAUCGACGUGCGCCCAAUCAGUCCCGGAACACAGCUCUCGUUCCGAUCACCGAGGCCGCUCCCUCGACUAGCGUGGAAUUGAUCAUAUCUGUGGCAGUUCUUAUUCAGAGGAGUGUUUGUUACAGUUUACGUUAGACCGUGUCGUUUACUGUUGUUGCUGUUGAUUGUUACAACUAAUAAGUGAUGGAAUGUUUGUGAGCCACACCGCGAAAAUGCACUUCGUAAGUGGAGCUUGGGUACCGCACGGAGGAAGACUGACUGAGUUCCCUUCAUACUUAAUGUUGUCGUUCUUCUUGGAGUCGUUGGUAUUACGUUGCUGAAUAAGCUGUAUUCGAUUUUCUUGCGUGUCUUGCCCGUACCGAUCCACUGAAGAGAUAGAUCUUCCCGAUCUGAGGAGUUUUGAUCGUUUCACCUGGCACGACGGAUUCUGAUUCGCUAGAGAGAUACUCUUUCAAAACCUGUCUUCCAUGCAUUCACUCUACGAACGAAUGACGCAUCCCAACCUAAAUAUAUUCGUGAGAAGCCAGACGACCUCCCCGAGCAUCGGUCCUCGAAAUUUUAGAUUUUCAGAAACAAUUAUGCGUCAGCAAUCCCUUCCGAAUCAUCGUGGACAAUGCUGGCGUCCCUCUGGAUGAAUAAAAGCGAAUGAAUAUAA